ACAGAGGAGGACGCAGAGUCAUACUGAGAGAGAGAGAGAGAGAGUGAAGAAUUAAGUCAAUCAGCAGGGGCAGAUUGAGUAAACUGGAUAGUAAGAGUAGUAGAGAGAGCUUCAAACAGGAGAAAGAGGAAAAGUGAGGCGCAGAAAGUAGAGAGACAUAGUGUGUCUACUGCAGUGUUUUAGACCUGGUCUGCUCUGUGAUCUGUCUCCAUCUGGGUGCCAUCUGUGUCUCUGGCUCUGGCCUUCGCCACACUGGAGCUCACAUAUGUGGGAAUGCAAACACAUGCCUGACAUAUGAAGGCGUGGAGUCAAAGAAAGAGACAAAAAGGAAAGGAUAAGAAAGGCAAGAAACCGCACCACUGCAGCUGACUUUUUUCUCAAAGGACUGAAGAGUGGACUCUACUAGAGAGGAGACAGUAGAGAGAAGAAGACCCCUGCCAUGCCCGGUUCUCCUGUGGAUGCUAAGACUCAUUCCAGAUCAGCCCCCAGCAGCAGCUCCAGCUCCACGAUGCCUCCCCUUCCCUCCGUCAACCCCAGUGGCCCUCGCCCGGCCUCUUUCUCCACCACAGCAUUGACAAAUGGGAAUCAUCAUUCCCCACCAACCCUGAACGCAGUGCCAUCUCCGCCACAGCGCUACAGUAACGGUCCUUCGUCUUCCUCAUCCUCGUCGCUGGCCAACCAGCAGCUGCCAGCCACCUGCGGGGCUCGCCAGCUAAGCAAGCUGAAACGCUUCCUGACCACACUGCAGCAGUUUGGGAAUGACAUCUCUCCCGAGAUUGGAGACAGUGUGCGAAGCCUGGUUCUGGCUCUUGUGAAUUCAACAGUUACCAUCGAGGAGUUUCAUUCCCGUCUUCAGGAGGCAACCAACUUCCCCUUACGGCCCUUUGUUAUCCCAUUUCUCAAGGCAAACCUUCCUCUUUUGCAAAGAGAGCUCCUCCAUUGUGCACGGGCAGCCAAGCAAACCCCAGCCCAGUACCUGUCCCAGCAUGAGCACCUCCUGCUCAGCACCACCUUGGCCUCCUCUCCAGACUCCUCCGAGCUUCUCAUGGAGCCUCCAGAGACCACCACCAAGAGACACAGCCCCAGCAGAGGUAAAGAGAAUGGCUUUCAUGACAGACCCCCAGUGGCCCUGGAGCCUGCAGCCAAACGAAUCUGCACCAUCAGCCCUGCUCCCAGACACAGCCCCGCCCACCCUCUGCCCCUCAACACCCAGCUUCACCCGACCCCUCCACCCUUGCAGCACUACGCUUUGGAUGACAUCGCAGCACCACACAUCCUACACCGUGAACACAGCCAGCGCAUGCUGGAGAUCAGAGAGCUCAAAGACAGGCCAAGAGUACCUGGCACUAACGGGGGCUACCGCGAGGAGCCGGUGGACCACAGACUGACAGACAGAGAGUGGGCUGAUGAAUGGAGGCAUCUGGACCAUGUGUUAAACUGCAUCGUGGACAUGGUAGAGAAAACAAGGCGAUCAGUGAGCGUGCUCAGACGAUGCCAGGAGUCAGACCGCGAGGAGCUUAAUUACUGGAGACGGCGUUCGAGUGAACAGGAGGACCCACGCAAAGGAGGCUCGGGUUCUGCUCCUUUCUCCAAGACCCACAGCCCCCACUCUGCAGAGCCGGACUCCCAGCGAGACUUUGCUCCACGGCCAGGCUCAGCAUACGUUACAGAUGAAAUCUGGAGGAAAGCUGAAGAGGCGGUGAACGAGGUGAAGCGUCAGGCCAUGGAUGAAGUGCAGAAAGCAGUUGCAGAGGCCGAACAAAAAGCUUUUGAGAUGAUUGCAGCCGAGAGGGCGAAGAUGGAGAAGACUCUGGCGGAGGCAAAGAGGAAGGCUCAAGAGGACGCAAUCAUGGUCAUCAACGAACAGGAGGAUUCAAGUGAGUGUUGCUGGAAUUGUGGCCGCAAAGCAAGCGAGACGUGCAGCGGCUGCAACGCAGCACGCUACUGCGGCUCCUUCUGCCAGCACAAAGACUGGGAGAGGCAUCACCUCAUCUGCAGCCCUGGACUCCAGGCUCAGCCUAAACCGGUUUCUCUCAUCACUGCAAACAGGACAGCCGCUGUGGCAACAUCUACAGCAGCAGCCGGGGUGUCUCCUAUCGGUCUGGCCGGGGUCAAAGCCCCCGACAGCGUGCCCUCAAUCUCCAGCCCUGGUGGAGAGAAGGCUUCUGUUGCCUCCCGCUCCUCCACUCCCUCCACCCCGGCCUCAGCCCCCGAGACCAAUGGACACUAAGAGGGUGAAGGACAUCAGCAGCAGACGUGUCACCUCUCCUCGUGCUUAAUAGGGAAGAACUGAAUCAGCAGAAAGAGGGAAUAUGUGUGGGUUAAGUUAGGAUAACAGAUUUUUCAUCAUACUCUUUGGCAGAGAAAAAAGGACAGAUUAUGGAUGGCUGUCUGAGUGAUAUGUCAACUGGGACUUUGGCUUUGGCACAGAACAGAAGGACUCGUCUCGAAUGCAUCCAUUGGAUGAACAGAUCUCCCUAACAGAUGGAAACGUGUUUGUCUUCGUCCAAAAAAACCCUCAAACUUGGAUCCAUGAAGGGCGGGAAAAAAACUGACGACUGAUCUGAGUUUAUCUCUGGCUGUGGGGAGGAAGUUAUGAAAGGAAGGCAUGUGAAAAAAGAAGAUUAAAACUCUGAGAUGCCUCCACCCUGAAACAACACUCUUUUGUGUAAAAAGUUAAAAAAAAGGAUGGUGGGAAAUGUGUAAUCAGUGCCAGCUACAAAGCAUCUGGUUUUGCAGAAUUGGGCACUAGAAUCGUCUCUGCAGCUCCUUCUGUACACUUAAAUAUUUGCCACCAACUUCUUGUCAGGUUUUUCAUAUGUGUGAAUGUCAAACGGUCGUGACGUCAGUGAAUAUUGUACAGCAUAUUUUGUCUAAGCAAUAUCAAAGUGAAGUGUUCAGGUACUUUAAGAUGUUUCUGCAUCACCAAAGUUUUCAGUGGCAUAAAGAGAGAGAUGUUGUCUGUAACCGUCCUCGUGAAGAAGAGAUAAUUAUACACUAACCCCACAUCUUAUCUACUUUUAUAAGAGCUUCAUUCUAUUCACUGUUUUCUGUUUCUGAUUGUACAACUUUUUUUUUAAAGAGCAGAAAAAGACGUAGUGGUGAUUGGAUUGCGUAAGGGCAGGAAGAUGCAGUUUAGACGUUAUUCUGGUUGCAGUUUCAAUUUUGGCACUUGUUCACGUCACCAGGGGUGUAUGGCAGGGUCAGAAGUUGCUCCAAAUCUUCAGACGUAGAAAUAUUGGCAUCAGGAGGCAAGAGUUUUAUAUCAAAGAAGUAAAAAGUGUUACUUUUUUCUUUAAACUAACUAACUAACAGAGAGGAAAUUUUGAUGCCUACAUUGCCAGGUUUGAUUUGGAGCAGCGCCUCUUUCCCACGGAGAAUCUCAGGAGCUAAACUGUAUUUGUUUGUACAGAUCAUUCUCUCCUUUAUUUCUUCUGUCACAGUUAGGUUUAAGUCAAAUGUUUAGUGAGGAACUUUGAUUUAUCGUACUCUGCUGUUCCAUCUGAGAUGUCGUUCUUUGUUCUUGUUUGUUGUAAGAUGACUUUGUAAAGAUUAUUAUGAGAGAAUGCCUUUAUUUUGUGAGCCACAAGUUUCUUUGUUCUUUAAACACGUUCUUUUGUUAUGAGGCAUAACUUCAUAUGACAAAAAGAUA